CUUUUUAAAACCGUGCGUUAGGAAACGUUUUUAUAUUUUUGAACUAUUUGGUGAUACCUUAUCUGGUCACUGUUUAAUAAUACUGAUCUCUCACCAUAUAUAAUGAUAUAGCCUAUCGACUUAAGAUAUUCUAAACCAACACGUGCUACACAUAUCACAACAUUAGUGAUUUUUUUUAAAAUUUAAACUAUCUAUUCUGUAAUAUUUAUUGUUCAACUAAAGUAAGAUGGCAGAUAUAUUUAAUAUGGAUGAGUAUGACGAAGUGGGAGAGUUGUCAAAUGCAUUUGGUAAUUCAGUACAGAUUAGUGGCCAACAGAAUUUAAACUAUCGAAUCAUCGAGGAAGGUCCUGAAGAUUACAAUCCUAUGGAAGAAGAAGGUUCUGAUUUAUAUAAGAAGACAUUACCCAUCCCCGUCAGACAAAGAAGAAAGAGUUCUAUUGCUUCAUCAUAUGAAGUAGGUAUUAGUCGAUCAUAUGUAUCAUCCACACUUGUAGUAAAUAAUGAUAAACUGAAAUCUUAUCAACCUAGGUUAUGUGACUUUGAGCCUAUUAAAGUUUUAGGUAAAGGAUCUUAUGGGAAAGUAAUAUUAGUAAGAGAAAUAGCUACUGGUAGAUUAUUUGCUCAGAAACAAUUAAAGAAAGCAUCACUUAUUAUAAAUGAAGAUACAAAUGAGAUACAUCAAGUCAAUUAUCAACGAACUCUUAAUGAAAAAUCCAUAUUAGAAAUGGUUAAUCAUCCAAAUAUUGUUAAAUUAUACUAUGCAUUUCAAGAUAAUAAUAAAGUAUAUUUAAUUCUUGAAUAUUUAGAUGGAGGUGAAUUAUUUCAUCAUUUGGCUAUUGAGAGGUAUAUGAGUGAAAAAGAUGCUAGUUAUUAUAUUGCACAAAUGAUAUUGGCUAUUAGAUAUUUACAUUGUAAUCUUAAAGUAAUUUAUCGAGAUUUAAAACCAGAAAAUUGUAUGUUAAAUUCUCAAGGAAAUUUAGUAUUAACUGAUUUUGGAUUAUCAAAAGUAUCAUCUGAUGAUGAAACAAAACAUUCAAUGACAGGAACUGCACAAUAUAUGGCUCCAGAAGUUAUUAAGGGAGAUCCAUAUGAUUAUUCAGUAGAUUGGUGGUCAUUAGGUUGUGUAUCCUUUGAUUUACUUACAGGAUCUCCACCAUUUACUGGUAAUAAUAAUAAAAGAAUUAUGGAUAAAAUAUUAUCUAGUAAAAAGACUUUAAAAUUCCCAUUUUAUUUGAGUCAAGAUGCAAAGGAUUUCCUUAGAAAACUUUUACAAGUUAAUCCUGAAAAAAGAUUUAACAUUGAUGAAGAUUUUACUAAAUUAAAGAAUCAUAGAUUUUUUAGAUAUAUUGAUUGGAAAGAUUUAGAAAAUAUAGAAGACAGUCAGAUUCUACCCCCAAUCUUACCAAUAAUAACUGACCCUGUAUUAGCAGAAAAUUUUGAUGCAGAAUUUACAGAAAUGGCUUUCACUCCUCAAUCAAAUGAUUUGGGAAAGGAUAUCCUUCACGUGAAUGGCUUUUCCUAUACAAAUUCAAAGUAUCUUGAGGAAUUCGCAAAGAUUUUUAAAAAGUAAAAGUAGAAUACUUUAAUAUAUUAAUUAAUUAAUCAUUUAUAGAUAAUAUAUAAUACAUAUAUACUAUAC